CGCCUCACAUGUGUUAGAGCAGUGCAGUGAUGGCCUUUGGCAAGGUGGUUGCUUUUUUUGUUACUGUUUUUGGGGCUUUAGCCGCGAGCACUCACAGUGAGAAAAUAAAAUGCGUGGAAAACGGUCGUUUUUACCGCGACCCUGACCGCCCCCCGCAAAAAGUUUGGACGUCUAGCGAAUGCUCCAAAUAUUAUCUUUGUCUCGAGGGCGAAGUCUUUGACUUCCGGUGCUCCUCGGGGCUUCUAUUCGACGUCAUCAAACAAAUUUGUGACGUAAAAAUAAACGUAGACAACUGCGACAUCACUUCAGAAACAAUCACCCCUCGCCCAACAACCAUCAACAAAUGCCCCAACAACCAUCAGAAAUGUACCAAUGGUACCUGCCUCCCCCAGAAAUAUUUCUGUGACGGCUCAUUAGAUUGCCCCGACGGAAGCGACGAAAAAUUUUGCGACCCCAAAAACGACCCAUUUGGGGCACCAGAGUGCAACUCGAGUUGUUCCCUACCCCAUUGUUUCUGUUCACCUGAUGGUACCCAAAUCCCUGGUAAUUUGGAACCAUCAAAAGUCCCCCAAAUGGUACUUUUGACUUUUGAUGGUCCCGUCAAUUCCCACAAUUGGGUGUUACUGGAUGGGUUGUUAAACGGGGCCCUAAACCCCAAUGGGUGUCCCAUCAAAGCCACAUUUUUCGUGAGCCAUGAGUCCAAUAAUUACCAUCAAACCCAGAAAUUGUGGAACGAAGGGCACGAAAUCGCCGUCCAUUCCAUUACUUAUGGGCGUUGGUUACUGAACGCAACCAUUGAGGAUUGGUUCGACGAAAUGGUAGGCCAGGCUAAUAUAAUUCACCGCUUUUCGGGCGUUCGUUUGAGGGAGUUGAGGGGGCUGAGGGCCCCCUUCCUCCAAAUUGGCUCAAACCGCCAGUUUUUAAUGAUGAAGGAGUUUGGGUUUGUUUACGACAGUUCCAUAGUGGCCCCUUUUACCCAUUUGCCCUUAUGGCCCUACACGCUAGACCAUAAACUACCCCAUGAGUGUAUUAAACAAGAGUGUCCGACGAGACCAUACCCAGGUGUGUGGGAAAUGGUUUUGAACCCGUUCGAGGCUAGGGACUACUCCUGUGCGAGGCUAGACGCCUGCCCAGGUGGUUUAACAGGAGACGAUGUUUUCAAAAUUCUGGCUAAUAAUUUCAAACGGCAUUAUUUGGGCAAUAGGGCGCCGUUUGGGCUGCAUUUGGACACAGCCUGGCUCAAAAAUAGGGACUAUUUUGACGCGCUCCAGGAUUUUAUCGGUGAAAUUUUGCAACAACCAGACGUCUGGUUUGUGACUAAUUCACAAGCCAUUGAAUGGAUGCAAAACCCGACCCCUAUUGACCAUUUAAACGGGUUUAAAGCCUGGGACUGUGCUAAAUUUUUCAAAAAACAGGAGCUGGCCUGCAAGGUGCCCAACGUUUGCAAGCUCUAUUCCAGUUUUUUUCAACAGGAGAGGUAUCUGUACACUUGUUUUGAGUGCCCGGUGAAUUAUCCCUGGAUCAGGAACGAGUUCGGGCUCAACUAGCCCUUGAAAAAACAGACUGUUUGUUAUUUUAUG